AUGGGGCCAGCAGUGGCCCUGCAAUGCUUCGCCUGUCAGCAGCCCACAGGGAUGUCCAGCUGUGUCUCCAUCGCCACCUGCAGUGCCAACAAAACCAUGUAAACCACACUCUCCUCCCUGGAGACCGUGUACCCCUCCCUGGGGGACGCCACGGUGACCAAGUCCUGCGCCAGCAAGUGCGUGCCCUCAGACGUGGACGGCAUCAGCCUGACACGGCCCAUGUCAUGCUGCAACACUGAGCUGUGCAACGUGGACGGGGCACCCGCCCUGGGCAGCCCGUGGCCUGGCCCUCACCCUCAUGGUCACCUCCCUCCCAGCCCCAAAUGCCUUUGA